AUGCUGUCGCAAGUGUCCGAGAAGGAGAAAGUCGAUCUCGAGAGGCUUCUUUGGGCCCAUGCCCUCGUCUCCACCCGAGCGAUCGGUGCCUCCAUCGACGCCUGCGCCCUCAUCCCGGGUGUUGAUCUGGCCAACCACAGUCCCGACCCCAAUGCGGACCUCACCGUGGCAGGUCUGCCCGGCCUGAGAAGCGGUCGAGCCACCGUCGUCGGCCAUGGAAAGAUUUGGGAACACGGCUCCGCCGGACUUGUUACUCGCCGGCCAUUGGCCGCGGGCGAGGCUGUUCGCAUCUCUUACGGCAAGUACCCGAACCAGCGGUUCCUGCUUGACUAUGGCUUCAGCCUCGGGGAGGCAAAUCCUCGAGGUGACGAGGAGAAGGUGGACCUGGCCUGA